AUGCGUCGUAUUAAGACUAGAAAUGCAGAGGUGAUGAAAAAUCAGAGUGAGAUAUCCACAAGCAUAAAGGAGAAAGGAAGAAGUAUGAAUGUGCAAUUGAAUGAGACGAGAGAUGUUGAAGUUGUGAAAGCUGAGGAUGACUCGGCUGCGAGUCACGAAGUGCUGUUGGAUAGUGAAGGGGCGCUAGAAGACGUGGUGAACGCAGGAAGUGUAGUAGGAGAAGGAGAAACGAAUGGGCAGUUGGAGGAGAUGGUGAAACCGAAUGAGACGAGAGUUGCUGAAGUUGUGAAAGCUGAGGAUGACUCGGCUGCGAGUCACGAAGUGCUGAUGGAUAGUGAAGGGGCGCUAGAAGACGUGGUGAACGCAGGAAGUGUAGUAGGAGAAGGAGAAACGAAUGGGCAGUUGGAGGAGAUGGUGAAACCGAAUGAGACGAGAGUUGCUGAAGUUGUGAAAGCUGAGGAUGACUCGGCUGCGAGUCACGAAGUGCUGAUGGAUAGUGAAGGGGCGCUAGAAGGCGUGGUGAACGCAGGAAGUGUAGUAGGAGAAGGAGAAACGAAUGGGCAGUUGGAGGAGAUG